AAAAGUAGUAUCUUGGAAAAGUAAAGAGAGAGAGAGAGAGAGAGAGGAAGUAAGAAAUUGUGAAUAUCAUCUCACAGUCACAGGGAGAGGGGCAGAAGUCUUGGACGCGUUGGAGUGGGGAAGUGCAUACAUAAAUUGAGGCGCGGAAGAGAGUGGGAGAGUGUGUCUCCAUUUUGUGAAUCAAUCUAAGCAAUGGAAAAAAGCGGGGAAUCCGGAUCUGCAGGGGCGAACGGUGAGGCGGCUGCGUCAAGGAAAGUGGCACUGAUAACGGGCAUAACGGGGCAAGACGGGUCGUACCUGACGGAGUUGCUCCUUGAGAAAGGGUACGAGGUGCACGGCCUCAUCCGUCGCUCAUCCAACUUCAACACGCAGCGCAUCGACCACAUCUACGUCGACCCCCACAACGCCCACAAGGCCCGCAUGAAGCUCCACUACGCCGAUCUCUCCGACGCCUCCUCCCUCCGCCGCUGGCUCGACACCAUCCUCCCCCACGAGGUCUACAACCUCGCCGCCCAGUCCCACGUCGCCGUCUCCUUCGAGAUCCCCGACUACACCGCCGACGUCGUCGCCACCGGCGCCCUCCGCCUCCUCGAGGCCGUCCGCUCCCACAUCGCCGCCUCCGGCCGCUCCCACAUCCGCUACUACCAGGCCGGCUCCUCCGAGAUGUUCGGCGCCACUCCGCCGCCGCAGUCCGAAUCCUCCCCCUUCCACCCGCGCUCCCCCUACGCCGCCUCCAAAUGCGCGGCGCACUGGUACACCGUCAACUACCGGGAAGCCUACGGCCUCUUCGCGUGCAAUGGGAUCCUCUUCAACCACGAGUCUCCCCGUCGCGGCGAGAAUUUCGUGACUCGGAAGAUCACGCGGGCCGUGGGCCGCAUCAAGAUCGGGCUCCAAAGCAAGCUGUUUUUGGGGAACCUUCAGGCCUCUAGGGAUUGGGGCUUCGCUGGGGACUAUGUGGAGGCCAUGUGGCUGAUGCUGCAGCAGGAGAAGCCUGAUGACUAUGUUGUGGCCACUGAAGAGUCCCACACCGUGGAGGAGUUCUUGGAAGUGGCGUUUGGCUACGUGGGCCUCAAUUGGAGGGAUCAUGUGGUUAUUGACAAGAGGUACUUUCGCCCUGCUGAGGUCGAUAACCUCAAAGGGGACGCUACUAAGGCUAAGAAGGUUCUUGGGUGGAAGCCCAAGGUGGGGUUUCAGCAGCUUGUUAAGAUGAUGGUUGACCAGGAUGUUGAGAUGGCUAAGAAGGAGAAGGUUCUUGUGGAUGCUGGCUACAUUGAUGCUCAGCAACAACCUUGAUCUGCUUCUCCAGAUCCAUGCCCUUUACUGUUUUCCUUUUCUUUAUUAUAGCUGACACAGUUUUAUUUCUCAGCAAUCUAUUUAUGUUUUCAUGUUGCACUUCUUGUUUCUUAGUUGUGCAUUUGGCAGAUUUUUUUUUUUAAUUUUGUUUUGUAAGCCCGCUGAUUCAUUAAAUUAAAGCUAUAUACAUCUGCAUCCAUCCAUUGUCUUUUA